AUGAUGCACGGGGCCGCUACCGCGCCUGCCCUGCCCACUGGGUCUCCGCCUCCACCUCCUCCUCCGCCGGCCGCAUGGAUCCCGCCGUCAACGCCGACGCCUGAUGCCGUGGCCGCUGGCCCGAGCCUCCGCCCGCCUGGCUACGCCCCGGUGCCGAUGCGCUCGACGGUGAAUGCAGAGGAAGCGCUCGCCUUCAUCUCCGCUCCAUCCGGCGCCUCUGGUGUCAUCCGCCUUGGAGUCGGCAUGGAGGGCGCUGCCGCCGCCGCCGGCACGCCUCAACAGGAGACAGCCGCGGGCUCGAGCAGCCGCGCGGAGCGGCGUUUCGGGCGUGCCGUCGCAGCCCUCGACCGCCGCCCCGGCCGUCGCCCAGGCUCAUGGGCUCCGGCGAACCUCGGCUUCACCGCUACUCCACUGCGCCAGGCCUCCACCGUCGUCGUCUCCUCUUCAGAUGAAGAGGCCUCGUCGGUGUCGCGUCGCUGA